GUCCGUCCCGGUGGUUCCCGGGGCGAUGCGGGCGGCGCUGCGCCUGGGGCUGCUGUUCGGGGCGGCCUCCCUGGGCCUCUACCUGCUGACCUGCCGCCUGCCCCUCGCCGACCACAGGUCACUCAGGUUUCCUUCGGACCUGGAGGAGCUUCGCGAGCUCUCCGAGUUCCUGUGGUACUACAAGAGAGAACAUCCCAGCUACGUGCUCCUCCUCUUCUGCAGCGCUUAUCUCUACAAACAAUGUUUCGCCAUCCCGGGCUCCAGCUUUCUGAACAUUUUAGCCGGAGCUUUGUUCGGGCCGUGGCUGGGACUCCUGCUGUGCUGCGUGCUGACCUCCGUGGGGGCUACCUGUUGCUUCCUGCUGUCCGGCGCUUUGGGGAAGCAGCUCGUCGUCUCCUACUUUCCCGAUAAAGUGGCCCUGCUGCAGAGGAAGGUGGAGGAAAAUCGAAACAGCUUAUUUUUCUUCUUGCUGUUUUUGAGACUCUUCCCCAUGACGCCAAACUGGUUCUUGAACUUCGCUUCUCCGAUCGUGAACGUCCCCGUCGUUCAAUUCUUCUUCUCCGUUCUUAUUGGAUUAAUCCCCUACAACUUCAUCUGCGUACAGACUGGCUCCAUCCUCUCCACCAUCACCUCCCUGGAUGAUAUUUUCUCCUGGGGGACGGUGUUGAAGCUGCUGGCCAUUGCCGUGGCGGCAUUGAUCCCGGGAACCGUCAUCAAAAAAUUCAGCCAGAAACGUCUGAACUUGGAUAACCCGGACAGCACUCGACCGCUAAACUGCAAACGAGUGACCUGACCGGGCUCCUGAAUUGAUCGCAGCCCUUCCGCUCCUGUUGCUCAUUCGUGCUAAGGAUUUGGUGCUCUCAAACCCAGACAGCCUCUAAUCACUAAAAGAACCGGGAUCGGGAAAGACCCUUCUGUCUUCAGCUCCUAGCGGGAAGGACCGACUGGAUUUUCCAAAGGGAACGAAAGACGGAUCAUUCAAAGCCGCCGUGCUUUUAGCGUCGUCAUCCAUCUGUAAAAAGCGAUAGGGCCUCCUGUGACCGUUAAUUGCGCCGAUCCCUUCCCGGACCUCGCUGAUUCAGUCCAGCCUUUCGAUGUUUCCCGAAAAAGCCACGGAGUCUUUAUAGUGAGGAGGGGGGAGACCUGGUGUUUCCCGCGCCUCCGGGCAGGCGGUGGUUGAACCUCUAGAGCACUUCAUUCCCACCCGCCGAGACUCCCCGUAAAAUCUUAGGAGAAUGUUACGGUGCCAGUGGAAACGUCGGUGUAUCCGUAUCCCAGACAGAUCGCGCUUCCGUCUCUCUUUUCCAGUGGAGCGUUUUCUAAGUUGUGUCGACGACCUGCCUCCGCGUAUCAAAGGAGAGUCUCGUUCCGUGCGUUGGUGGAGCUCGGUGAACCACCAACCUGGGUGGGCGAUGCAUCCGUCUCUGGGUAUUUUGACCCGACGGAGCGCAAAAACCCUAACUUAGUUGAAAUCUCGACUCGUCAGCUCCUGCCUGGUACGUCAGGAUGCCGGGGGAUGGAAACCGGUGAUCAGAGUGUGGUCUGGGGAAUGGUGGGGUGAGGAUGAAAAGGCUUCGACUUGCCUAAAUUCAAGUGACCAUUGGGGCAUUUUCUAAAACAAAAACCUUAUCUGGUUUCUCUCUCUCCCUGUCUCCUGAAGCCCUGCUAAAUCGCCUACAUCCUCCACUCCUAGGAUGUGGUCAUCCCAGCGGACGGGAAUGGGUUGGGAGUUGGUCAGUCAAUACAGUCCUUGAAUUUUCCAGCUCUUAGGGGAAACACUGAGGGGAGUUCUCUAUUUCUUUUCCUCCCUUCGGUGGGGAAUCAGUUUUAGUCACUGUCUGCUGUUGAAUUUAGGAUCGUUCUGGCUCGAGGCAAGGACGAGCUAGAGCCGAUGAGUGUUUUUCCAUCAAAAGUGGAAUCCUGCUGACCACGGGAAGAAAGAGAAACCUCUGUAAUUAACCGUAGCCACAAGUGGGAUCCUGAAGGAGGGGAGAAUCGAGGGGUUUAUCUCCGUGAAAAUUGCAUCCCCGGGACUUCGGCUGCUUGACCUAAUUAAGACUUUCCAAUCAGAGUAAAAUGUCUGUCUGGAAUGAUCACGAUCAAUUACGACAAAUGUACCGAAGACUCUCAGAACCGUGGUUUUUGGAAACGGUAUGACCUUUCAAGGGUAGCCAACAUCUGCGUCUGGAGCUCGUUUUUCCACGGGCGUCUUUGGUGACCUUGUCUCCUCCGGCCGUCGCCUGAACUUUGGAAAUAAACUGCCGUUCCUGUUUUGGAAUCGAGGGCAGAGAAAGAGGCCGGAACUUGGCAGUCUCAAUUGUGCCCUCCCGUCGCUGAGACAAAGUGCCUUACCGACCCUGCAUAGAUUCAGCAGAGUACCUUGUUUACAUACGAAGCACCUCAUUUCUCAAUAAAGGAGUCCAAAAUUUG